UCAUUCCCUCCCUCCAUAUUUCUUGAUCCAACCAACCUUUUUCAGUUUUUUGGUUCCAAAUAUUUCAAAACAUGAAGAAAUAGAAAAAGCACACAAAAACACAAACACACACAUUUCUAACUUUUUGCCGCCAUCAAGAAUGCUCAUCUAUACUUUCCCUACUACCCACCUUCUCAACAACACAUCAAACACAAAACUAUGAAUCACACAAAAGGUUUUUACCUUUUGAUGAUAAAUCAAUGGAAAAUAAGAAAAGAUCCUUCUUUGCUGUUUUAUCUUUUCUCUUGAUUCUUUUAAUUUCUUUCAACGGAGCUUCUAUCUUCUCCAUAACCAUACCGGAAAAUGUCGCCGGAGAUUCAAGAAACUUGGUUUCUGUAUCAUCAUCAUCUUUGUCAAACUUGAUGUACUCACUUGAAGAAGAAGAACAAAACCCAUCUGUACUUUCAAAUACCCAUUUCAAAUCACAUGAAAACUCGGUCACCGGCGCCGGAGAUUCUUUUGUACAACGACAAAAUGAGCAUGUUUUUGUAGUGAAAAAAGAAACCCCAGAUGUAAUUUCAAACACCCAUUUGCCCCUUUUGCGUAAAUCUCAUAGUUUACAAUUUGAACCAGAUGCUUUUCCAGGAAAAAAUAAUAAAAAAGUAUUGGAAGCGUUGACUUUUUUGGAGUCAGUUGACCGGCGCCGGCCAGGGGAAUUCCGGGAAAGAGUGAAGGAGUUUUUUAGUAAGAAUGAAACUUCUUGUAAGGUUCGUUUCUUUAUGACAUGGAUUUCAUCAUUAAAUUCAUUUGGUAAAAAAGAAGUUAAAUCAAUUGAGACAUUAUUUAAUACACAUCCAAAUGGAUGUUUAUUAAUAGUUUCAAAUUCAAUAGAUUCAAUUAAUGGUAGACACAUUUUAAAACCCUUUAUAGAAAAAGGUUUUAGAGUUACCGCGAUUUCGCCUGAUUUAAAGUACUUAUUUAAGAACACGAUGGCAGAAUCUUGGUUUGUGAAGUUGAUUAGAGAUGAAGUUAACACUGGUUAUGUCCCAUUAGGCCAAAACUUGUCGAAUUUGCUUCGAUAUUGUUUGUUGUAUAAGUUUGGAGGUGUUUAUAUCGAUACAGAUGUUAUUGUGUUAAAAAGCUUCUCAAAGUUAAAGAAUUCAAUAGGAGCACAAACUUUGGAUUUGAGCACAAAGAAUUGGAGUAGAUUGAAUAAUGCAGUAAUGGUUUUUGAUAAAAGGCAUCCAUUAGUUUAUAAGUUUAUAGAAGAAUUUGCAUUAACUUUUGAUGGAAACAAAUGGGGUCAUAAUGGUCCUUACUUGGUUUCACGGGUAGUGUCAAGGCUGGAAGGUAGGCCGGGGUAUAACUUUACGAUUUUACCCCCAACGGCGUUUUAUCCUGUGAAUUGGAAUAGGGUCCGAAACCUUUUUCGUGGGGCUAGAAAUGAGACUGAUGCAAAAUGGUUAAGGGGUAAAUUCAGGCAGAUUAGAAGCCAGAGUUAUGCUGUUCAUCUUUGGAAUAAGCAGAGUCGAAAGCUUCAGAUCGAAGAGGGGAGCAUUUUGGGAAAGAUUUUAUCGAAUCGUUGUGUUUUCUGCAAUUCAUCUACAAAUAGCAAUGUAAGUACACAGUUUAGUAAAACUUGAAAAAUCUUUUUAUCUUUUUGUUAUUAAUGUGGUAACGAAUCAAGUCAAUUCAAUCCACAUUUAGAUUAGAAUAGAAAUUAGAUGAAAAAGAAGAAAAGCAUACAAAGAUCCAAGCUUGUAGUGUUGUUAAUUUUUUGGUUUGGGUACAAGUUAAGUUAAUUUUAAGAAAGGAGAUUUGGUCA